AUAGCUUUUCUAUUUCGAGCACCUAGGCCCAGGAGUGUGGACUGUUUUAGUGUUUAAUAUUUUACUGUGUGGUUUCGAAGGCUCGAAAGAAAAGAAACUGCAGAGCGGUAUCGGGGAGAAGCGGUAAUUAAUCUAGUGUCUAUGAUUUAGCAGAAUCUUUGAAGGUGGUUAAGGCGUAUUUAUUUGGUACCACCAACUUUGCCCUCAGGAUCUGGGAUGUUGGUGCCAUUAAACUAAAUAUUCAUAAAUGGACGAACAAGCAAUGCCAACUAAAAAAUAUUUAGGUACAUCUUGCUAUUCAUGUACUUCUGGCCAUAACUUACAACAAUGAUGUCGGGCAUUUGCAAACAUAGAAAUUUAAUUCCUUUCUAGUGCUUUAGUUGUGAUCGUUAUUAUUAAAUAAUAAAGUCCUGCAUCCCACUGGUCGACGCUCCGCACACUGGAAGUUCAUACUACAUUGGUUGCCUUGAAUGACCUUGAAUCAAAAAUACAAGCGUUGCCAAGGGGAGACUAGGUGUUAACUGCAAACUUAAGACAUAUUGAGUUUUCUAAUCAUAAUUGGACAUAAAAAAAUGGUCUUUUUGCCAUUACAAGUUAUGGGUGACAUGAUGUGGCUCGUUUUAUAUUUAUGGGCAUGCGUUCAAGUUGUAGUUACCCUAGGGAUAGGUGGUGCGACGAAGCCCUCAUGGUACGACUAUUGCUUUAGGUUACUACCCUAUAAAAGCUAACAGUAUCUUACAUACUUACCGAAAAGUUGAAUAUGUAGGUCCGCUUAUUUCGGUUAAUUGUGUUACUGGGCUAAAGGGCUUUUUGCAUCUUGGUUACGCUAAACUACUGUACGAGUUACACUUACUUAGAAGGUAUGUUUAAUCAGCUAUAAUAGUAUUAGUAUUUAUUGGUGCAUUUGAUAAGGUACUACAGUUAAUUUAAAGGAGUUGCGUUUUAGUAGUUCGCAUGUGAUCACACUUAGACAACGGAAACAUGCAUAAUAAAUCGUCGUAUUACGUAUGUAGAAAGAUUGCUUCCGUGUAUAUAGCACUUACCCUUCCUUAGUUUGAGGGCAGUGGUCACUAAUGAGUGCCGGUACUCCGCAGAUCGCAACAAGUGCUAAGCGCGUCGGCGUAAGGCGUGCGUCGGGAUGAUCGCCGUCGUAGUCGCGGUUUCGCGCCAAUUCGCGCCCGCAGUGAUGGGAAGCGCGCCUCGCGGACGGGACACGCUCGCCUCACCCGCUGCUAUUCGUGAUUCGAAUACGGAUAACAGAUAAUACUAUUGUUUUGGACUCGAAAGUUGACGCUACUGCAAAAAUUUUGCCACUAUACCUAUGGCGACAACAUGAUUAAAUAUACUUCGGUCGUAUUAGCAUCGACAUUGCCUACAUUCCAUUAAAGUGUAAAGUUUCACGUAGUAAUGUGGUCAGUUUUAGAAUGUAAAUUACAAUGCGACGUGCCAGGUGUCUCCCGAUAGAAAUCUUAAGCAAUGGAGAUGACCGACGAAUUAGUGUCCUCGACACCGGGGUCGGCUCCUCACCGAUCGCCGACACCCGAACUUCAUGCAGCGUAUACGACUUUCGAAAUUUUAGUGGCCCUUGUGGCGGUUGUUGGCAAUGCCAUGGUGAUGUUCGUGUUUCGUCGUGAUCGAAGAUUGAGGCGUCGGACGAACUACUAUAUAGUGUCUUUGGCAGCAGCAGAUUUUCUAGUCGGGCUACUUGGGAUACCGUUUGCAAUUUUGGCUUCAGUGGGCUUGCCGAGGAACCUGCACGCGUGUUUGUUCACCGUGUCGUUGUUGGUGAUGCUUUGCACAAUCAGCAUCUUCUGCUUGGUUGGCGUCUCAGUGGACCGCUACUGGGCGAUCCUGCAUCCUAUGUGCUACUCGAGGAAUGUCCGCACAAGGACGGCUAUCGUGAUAAUAUCGGUGUGCUGGGUGGCCGGGGCUGGCGUGGGCCUUCUCCCUCUCUUCGGAUGGUACGCCAACGUGGACUCCACUCGCGGCUGCUACUUCGUCGAAGUCAUGGACUACAACUACCUCUUGUUCUUGUAUUUUGCCACCAUCGUGACCCCGAGCGUGUUGCUGGCUGCGUUCUAUGCUCACAUUUACCGUGUCGUUGUGAAACAGUUAAGCGAAGUGAUGACAGUUGGAGGCAGUCGUGGACGGCUGACGGGCGGCGGUACCAUGCUGCGCGUGCUAGGAGCUGCUCAGAAACGGGAGGUCAAAGCGACGCAGAACCUCGCCAUCAUAGUCUUCUUCUUCAUUUUAUGCUGGAUGCCGCUCUACACCAUCAACGCCAUCAAGGCAUUUAUGCCUGAACUAGAUAUCCCUAAUCCACUCACUUACUUCUGCAUCAUUUUCUCACAUUUAAAUUCGGCUAUCAAUCCAUUACUGUACGCUUACCACUUAAAAGACUUUAGAGCAGCCUUGAAAGGAUUGUUGUGCUCGUUAAUAGGCAGAGGUGUUCCCAUGCCAGCAGCGUAUAGACCUCCAGCUCCCAUCAGAAGACCGGCUUUAGAAAGAUGUAAUGCUUUGAGGGAACGGCCGAAAGUGUACGUAAACUCGCCAGUUUGGCUACGACAGAGGGAAGCGGAGAGUUUAACAGAGGAGAACACGGUUGUAGCAGCAACCACGCCAGUAGCGCCUGACGUGGAACCGUUCUUGAAUAUAGUCAACAGUUCCAGCGGGUGCCAAACUCCUGAGGCGAGGGAGAAUGAGGCUGGUCCCUACCUCAUAGACUCAGGCGUGGAGCGAUGCCAAAGUCCUUACAAGAAAGUAGAGGAACUGAUCAGGAGAGUGCGCAGCGCCAGCGGCGAGAGCUGACAUGAGCCUAGCCGAGGGUUCUCGGCUUACAGUGUGUCCUAAGCUUUAAUUAGAUAACAUUCCUUAGAGGACUAUUCGUUUGACUAAUUUAAAAUAGAUGUAACGUCCGUUCCUGAUAGGAAUUAAUACCACGACUAUUUAUGUAAUUUAGUAUUAAAUUAUAAUAUUUAUUAUAGAUGUUACCGAUUUAUAAUGAGAUUAUUAUGGUUAAAGGCAAGUGAUGAACGGACAAGUUUCCUGAGAGAGUAUUUAAUACAUGUGUAGAAUGUUGUUUUGUGUCGAACAAUUGGUCAAUUGUUGCUUUAAAAUACAAAUAAACGUGCAAAUAAUA